AUGGAUUCUAUCUCUAAUCCCAAAACCAAUCCUUCUAUGCAUGAGGGUCUUAUGGUGGUUUUGUAUAACCACAUCAAGAAUACCACGGUUCAACUGAAUAUUGUAGAGGUUUCUGAUUCGAAUGAGGAAUUGGAUGAGUCUGAUGAUGAUGAUGGUGAAGGUUACGACAUAGAGGUUGAGGUUGAGGAUGACCCCCACAUUCCUGGGUGGAGCAAGCAAAAAAUGAAAACAGGGCAAGAGGAUCAGGGUAAAGGGUCGGUUAGAAGGAAGCAAAAGGAGGAGGAUGAUGACAACUUGUAUGAGGAAGAAGACGAGACUGAUGAUGAUAUGGAGACAGACAGUGAGGAUGUCCAAAUCCUCUCUAGCCAGAAGCAUAAGGGGAAGAAUCUGCGAAGUGAGGAUUUGGGGUCUAAGAGCUGUUUGCCCUUCUCUAAUGUUUCUAAGGAGAAGGGUUUGGUUGGGGAGGACACCCCCAUGAAGGAAGCUAAGAAUGCAGAGUUGAAGGAGGUGGGUCUAGAGGUGAACUUUGAUCCUGUGAGAGACAAGGCCCAUGAUGGCUCCCAUCUAGAUAUUGACCUCUAUUUCAAAAAUGGCACAAACUACUUCAACAAGGUUUUUCUUUGGGUUCAAAAGGAAAUAACUAGUAUAAAAGAAAAAAAAAUCCAGGAGGCCAGCAAAAUCAAAACUUUAGAAGCUAUUGGCACUGGAAAAUUUAGUUCUCUCCUUGACUAUUUAAGCAAUCUUACCAAGGCUAUCAGUAACGCUGAGGAAAUCAUAAAUGCUCAAUGUAAUAGCUUCCAAAUCUUGGGAAAAACAAAGCUGGGCAAGCUUGAAAGUGACCAAGGGGAAAAGGCCGUCAAGGACAACACUGAGGUGAAGGAAGAUACCCCUGAAGAUAAGGAGAACGAUCAUGGUAGAAGAACCCACACAAGCACCAAAAAGAAGCAAAUCCAAAGUAGGGAGAUUGAGGAAAUCAAGCAGACUACUGAGAACAUGGAGCAACUAGAGCUGGAAGCUACCGAGUUGCUAAAGAACUUUACCUAG